AUGUACCGAUCCACGGCGAGGCCGGCAGACACAUCUGGAAGGGCUGCGACCUUUGAUCUCUGUGCGAUAGCAGAGGAGGAAGAGGAGGAGGAGGAGGAGGAGGUGGUGGAGGUGGAGGAGGUGGAGAUCGUCAACGUGGUCCAGCAGAAGCCCCCGCCGGCCAUCGAGAAGAUCUCCCGGACGGAGGUGAAGACCACGCUGCGGGAGAUCCCCGAGCCCACCAAGCUGGACACGCGCUACUUCGGAGAGCUGCUGGCCGACGUCUACAGGAAGAACUGCGACAUCCACUCCUGCAUCUCCGAGCACGUGUCCAAGAUCCGGGGACAGAAGCACCUACUGGAUCCCAGCAUCGACUACAAGGUGGAGAAAGAGGAGGUGGAGGCUCUGCUCCCCAAAGGAGCCACGGAGCUGACCAGACAGCAGAUCCGCUACCUGCUGCAGACUCGUCUCACUGCGGACAAGAGCAUGCGCCUGCUGCUGUCCACCUUCAGCAGCCUGAGGGAGGAGCUGCUCCACAUGUCGGAGGACCUGAGGCGUCUGGAGAGCGAGAAGGAGGCUCUGGAGAGAGAUCUGAGCUUCAAGGCCGACCAGGCCAAACAGUACGACUGCCUCCUGGAGGCCGUGAGGGAGAACAACAGGCAGCUGCAGCUGUCCCUGAAGGAGACGAGCGCCGCCCAGCGCUCUCUGGAGUCUCAGCUCAGCAGCAGCAGGAGCAACGACUCGGGCCGGGAGUUCAAGAUCAAGGAGCUGGAGGGCCGCAUGCGAGCGCUGGAGAAGGAGAACGAGAUGCUGCGGCAGAAGCUGUCCGGGCAGAUGAGCAACUCCACCCUCCACAUCAAGACGGAGGAGCUGUCCCGGCAGUACCAGGACCAGCUGGCCGCCAUGAGGCAGGAGAAGGACCAGGAGAUCCAGCGGCUGAGGACCCAGAUCACCAAGAUCACCACGGAGAUCACCACGGACCGCUCGUCCUCCGAGAAGAGCCUCCAGCUGAAGAUCUCCGAGCUGCUCGCCCUGCUGGAGCAGCGGCAGACCACCAUCAGCCGGCAGGAGGAGGAGAUCAGGCGGCUGAUGCAGGAGAAGAGCAGCGACAGCUCCAAGAGCGUCACCAAGACAGUCAUCACCAAGAGGUACAGGAACCAGUACCCCAUCCUGGGUCUGCUCAGCGACGACUACCAGUUCACCUCGCCCAUCAAGGAGGACAAGACCAUCGUCAUCGAGAGGACCGGAGAGAUGAUCAAGCAGGAAAUCAUUCUAACUCCUUAAAGACGCACAAUGCUUCUCUCCGACAGGAAUGACCCUCCAGCAAGCGGAGCCAACGCCCCCUCCCUUCCCCCUGCAUGCUCCUCCCCCUCCCCCCAGGGCUCUCCAGGGUUGGUGGUGGGUAAAUUGCCCCCUCUCCCCCCUUUCUCCCCGCCCCCCUCCCCGCCAUUAAAUUUGGGGCCCUUGCUUUGAGCCAAAUUGGGAUGCUGCCGUUGUUUUUUUGGGGGGGGCUUUCCUGUUUGUGUCAAUCAAACGAUGAAUCAGACGUGUGGAGGCGGCGCUGGCAGCCAGGUCUGGAUUUCAGCCGUGACAACUGGGAACUGGGGCAGAAGAAUAAAGUCAGUUUUAUAUGGAAAACAUCCCAGCUGUAAAUGUGCAUCGUCCUUUUCAGGUUCUCCAGGGAUGACAGGAGAUCAGGGGUGUCAAAACGCUGGUUUUUAGUUCAGGGGCCACAUACAGGAACACCAAGGGCAUGGAAUAAUGUACUGGAGACCCGGUCAGUGUCGAAACAGGACAGUAAAUUCAUCUUGAGAGGCUAAAAUAGUGAGAAACUAACUUUCAAGUUGUCUUUAUGCAGAUGAUGAAAUGUUUAUAUAUUUGAAAAAACCCCCAAAACAAGUACACAACCAAGUAUGAUUCCAUUUGUCAUGCUCACAAUGCAGUGAAAUGUUAAUGUUUUUCCCAAACUCCCCCUGACAGCAUGGAUUAAGGCUAAUGCUAGUUAGCUAUCUUUCCCAGCAUCACAGGACUGAUAUCUCAGUGUGUCUGUUUCUAUUCAGAAAAUUGUCACACACAAAAAAAAUCUAUCCUUCUUGAAAAAUCUUACAAUUUGCUUGGAGUCUUGGCUCAUUUUGGCCCACGAGCCUCAUGUUUGACAACCCCUGCCAUAGCGAUGUGACUGAGAGGCGUGGUCGGAAUGGGACCUGUGCUCUUCUCUGUGCAGAAUCUCCGAUGCGGUGAUUCUGUGAUAUACUGCACAACAAUCCUCUGUGACACAAAUUGGCUCAAAAGCUUGUCUCUUCAUUCCCACUUUAUAAACUCUCAGGGUCAAGGAUUGGUGUUGUGAUAUAUCACCGUCCCAUCCCUGCCGUGCAGGACCGCUCCGCCUGGACGCUGUCCCCCCCGCCCCUCACCUCCCGGUGUUUCUGAAUGAAUCGUCCCCUGAAGACGGAGCGGCGUCCACAGCAGCCGGACGCUGCCCGGAGCGCAUCAGCCAGGCUCUUUAAUUCUGAACGCUGCAUUUGUGGGAUGAGCCGCAUGCCGAUAGCUUUUCCCCGCUGGCGCUUCCCCUGCUCCCGAGCUCCCGCCCCCCCCUGCAGGUGCAGACGCUCAGAUCUGGACCUUGUGGACGGAGUCGGAGUGAGACGGAUGGUUUUGUCCUCAGCAGAUCUGACGGUUUGUGCUGGACGAGGAACGUCUGAAGCCAGGACUCAGAUUCACAUCCCAGCCUCUCUCUGAGUCAGCGUCUUCCACAGACCCGUCCUCUGUCCCCAGCAGCCCCGCUGCUCAUCCCACAAAUGCAUGUUCCACUUCCCUACAGGGACAUGUCGACAAUAAAAUGUUCUCACUUUCCGUCUAUAAAAACUACUUGGUACAAAAAGAAGAGAACGGAUGGAUUGAGAGUGAUUUUUGCCUGCUUUCCUGCGGAGCCAUUAGAGAGAACCGAGCAGUGAAUCCCAGCAGGGCCAGAGUUUAGCCAGGCGUGUUCGCUGCAGUUUAAUCACAGCAUUUAAAGGAACACUCUGACCAUUUUGGACCCACGCCCUUUCCCCAUCAUUGACAAAGUCAGACAAGCUCAAACAUACCUUUUUUGUGUCUGUGCGUCCAGUGGCCGGCUCCCAGCUGUUAGCAUUGUAGUUAGCUUAGCUCAAUUGCUGGAGGUGAAGAGGAGACAGAGCCGGACUGACGAAAGUGGACAAAAUCCUCC